UUUGUUUGUGCUAGUUUUAAUUAGCAUCUUCAUUUAUCCAUCAAACGGGGAAGUUUUCGUUAAAUUGUCUCCAGCUAAUGAUGGCAUGAAUAUGGUGGUCUCAAGAGAUCAGGCAGCAACUCAGGUGGUACUAACAGGAACGGUAGGAAAGGGAAGAAGGUUCACGAACGGUAUUCCAGACGACGCCACAGUGGAAGUAACCAAAUAUGGAGACACCGUUCAAAUUAUCUGGCAAACUAACGACACAGACUUAGAAUUUCGUGACUGUUUCGACUUGAACAAAAACGACUCGAGCUGGUUCGGAGGACCAGAACGUUUUAACCAAGUUUGGCCAUUGGAUCAAAUGCAAAUUAAAGCUUCAGAUAGAGCUUACGUUACGUCCCAUCUGGAUAACUUUGCAGUGCUUGAAGCCUACUGGUUAAAUUCUAAGGGUGCUUUCAUUUAUGUGGACGAAAGAACGCCUUUGUACGUGGACCAGAAUAAUUUGCAGGAGGACUCGGUGUGUUUCAUAGCUAAUGCUCAGGGGGUGUUUGCUGGAAGAAACAGAGUACUUUUAAACUACACAAUUGGACUUAAGGACGAUCCCAAAGAAGCACAUCUGUUUGCUAUCAAUAAUAUUUUGGGCAAACCUAAAGGUCAUCCGGCAGAGAAAAUGAUAAGUGAGCCAAUUUGGACCACCUGGGCUAAAUACAAAAAGGACAUCAACGACGAAACAGUUUUGCAGUUUUCAAAUGACAUUAUAGAACAUAGUUAUACAGGACAAUUAGAAAUUGAUGAUAAUUGGGAGGUAUGUUAUGGUGAUCAACAAUUUAGCAGCAACAGCUUCCCAAAUAUUACCCAAACAGUAAAAGAUUUACAUGAGAAGAACUUCAGAGUUACACUAUGGAUCCAUCCAUUCGUAGAUGAUGGUUGUAAUCCAGUUUCAGAAACUGGAAUUAAAAAAGGUUACUUCGUAAAAAAUUCUAAAGGAGAGACGCAUGCUUCUUGGUGGGACAACGACAAUUCUAAUCAAAUUGAUUUUACUCAAGAGGAAGCUCGAAAAUGGUUUAGUGAUAGACUUAACAAGAUUAAACAGUUGCACGGCAUCGAUAGCUUCAAAUUUGAUGCUGGAGAAACAGAUUACGUCGAUGAACCAAAAGUUGAAAAUCAGGACAUAGAACGGAUGCCCAAUCUUCUUACAAAUAACUAUGUUAGAACUGUUGCUCAAUUCGGAGAUCUCAUUGAAGUGCGUUCAGCAUGGAAAACCCAAGACUUGCCAAUAUUCAUCAGAAUGCUGGACAAGGAUUCCAGAUGGGGUUUUGACAACGGUCUUAAAUCGUUAAUUACAACUUUAUUGCAAAUGAAUAUGAUUGGAUACCCAAUGGUUUUGCCGGAUAUGAUUGGAGGAAAUGGCUACAUCGAAAAACCAACCGCUGAAUUGCUAGUCCGUUGGUCACAAGCGAAUGUCUUCAUGCCUGCCAUGCAAUUUAGUUAUCUUCCUUGGGAGUUAAGUAGUGAUGAAUUUGACGUGGAGAAAAUCAUUAAGAGUACCGUGGAUCUUCACAGUGAAUAUAGCAAGCACAUAAUUGAAGCUAUGGAAGCUACAAUCGAGAAUGGUACUCCAGUUAAUCCUCCAAUUUGGUGGGUGGAUCCUUUAAAUGUAGACGCACACAGAGUUAACGAUGAGUUUUUGCUGGGCGAGAAAAUAUUGGUGGCGCCAGUUGUAGAAGAAGGUGCAGUUUCUAGAAACAUUUAUUUGCCUGCUGGGUCAUGGAAGGAUGGAAACACUGGAGAAAUUUUCAUUGGACCUAUUAAUGUUGAGAAUUAUAGAGCACCCAUUGAUGUUUUGCCUUAUUUUAUUAAACAAUAAAUGAUUAUUGAAAUAUA